GCGGGGGGCGGGCCGGGGGCGGAGCGCGGGGCUCCGGCGGCUCCGGCGGCUCCGGCGGCUCCGGCGGCUCCGGCGGGCGGCUCCGGGUCCUGCACCUGUGACUCGGCCGCGCUCCCGUCGGCCCGCUCGGCGCUGCAGCCCCAUGGCCCCGUCCCGGCUGCAGCUCGGCCUCCGCGCCGCCUACUCCGGCCUCAGCUCCGUGGCCGGCUUCUCCAUCUUCCUCGUCUGGACGGUGGUCUACAGACAGCCGGGGACCGCGGCCAUGGGAGGGCUCGCAGGGGUGCUGGCGCUGUGGGUCCUGGUGACGCACGUGAUGUACAUGCAGGAUUACUGGAGGACCUGGCUCAAGGGGCUGCGCGGCUUCUUCUUCGUGGGCGUCUUCUUCUCGGCCGUCUGCAUUGCUGCCUUCUGCACCUUCCUCGUGCUGGCCAUCACCCGGCACCAGAGCCUCACAGACCCCACCAGCUACUACCUCUCCAGCGUCUGGAGCUUCAUUUCCUUCAAGUGGGCCUUCCUGCUCAGCCUCUACGCCCACCGCUACCGGGCUGACUUUGCCGACAUCAGCAUCCUCAGUGAUUUCUGACCCAGGGGGUGAGGUCUCUGCACCCUGGGGGGCCUUAGGACCUGGACUCAGCCUCUGAGACGUUGGGACGGACUACUCCCACCCUCUGGGGGCCCCAGAACUGUGGCAGAAAAUACACAGCAGGACCAGCGUGGUCUCCUAGGAAGCUGUCCCACCCAUCCCCUUUGGGGGAGACCUGGGUGUGGUAGAGAGGGGAUCCUGCCAUGUUGCUCAUCGGCCUGGACAGAGGGCAGCUUUAGACCUUUUCAAAUGGAUCUGUUUUCUUUUUUUCUGAGUUGGAGUCUCACUCUGUCAUCCAGGCUGGAGUGCAGCAGCGCAAUCUCAGCAUCUCGGCUCACUGCAACCUCCGCCUUCUGGGUUCAAGCAGUUCUCCUAUCUCAGCCUCCCAAGUAGCUGGGAUUACAGGCACCCACCACUAUGCCCAGCUACUUUUUGUAUUUUUAGUAGAGAUGGGGUUUCGCCAUGUUGGCCAGGCUGGUCUUGAACUCCUGACCUCAGGUGAUCCACCUGCCUCAGCCUCCCAAAGUGCUGGGAUUAUAGGCGUGAGCCACCGUGCCCAGCCUGGAUCUAUUUUCUUAGCAUGCAGUGAGGAAUCUUUGUACGUAAGGCCAGGACAACAAAGUCAAGAGGUCAAGGUAGGGCCACGAGGCCUGGACCUAUGCUGCAGGCAGGGGCUUUCGUCCCUGCUGCCCUAGGCACUCUCUCCCCAAGGCCAGGGUGGGGACCUGGGGAGGUCAGGUCAGGAAUCUCUAGCAGAGACCGCUCAAGCCCCCAUCCCAUCACUGCUCCGAGCUGGUCUCCCAUGAGUGUUCUAGAGCCAGAUAGCCAUGGCCCCCAACCCAUCUCUCACUCACACACACAGGCAUCCACACACCCCAGAGAAGGACUUCUCAAAUGAGGCCAGACUCAGGGUCACAGGGAAUGUGCUCCUACCCCUGGAAGGGCUUUGGGGAAGGGGGCAACAUGGUAGAGGCUGGAAGGAGCCCCCACACCUGUGCCCAUGCCCCUCCAGCCCUGCGUUUCCACUCUGCCUUCUCAGAGUACCCUCACUGCACCCAGACCACCGGCCAGGAGAGACCUCUCCCACUCCAGCCCCUCCACUGCCCUUCAACUAGAGCUUUCCCCUUUUUACAUCUCUCUUCUGAAGGACACAAAUCUGCUUUUCUGCCCAUACACUGGCCCAAGGGCUGACCUCAAUCAGGAGGGAAGGGGCAGUUGUCACAAGGAUGAUUCUAUGUUAGGCUGCCAUUUUGCACGGUCUCCCCCUUCCCACCUGAUACGUCCUGCCCCUCAGCUCUUUGCCUUAUCUGUGUCACUGUCACUUUAGCAAAAAUACAGCGGCCAUUUGUAUCAGACAGCCUCUGGUGGUUACUUGUGAGGUGGGAAUCUUGCGGGGACAGGUGGACUUCAGGAGGACUAGGCAGGGAAGGAGUGAUAGUGGCAGUUCUCUGGCUACCUGACUAAGCCAUUUCCCUAGUUAAAUUGUGCCCUGGAGGGCAGGGGACAGGGUCAGUGUCUCUGGGGCCGGAGGCCCUCUCUCCCUGGGCCUUCUGGCACGGGGUCUGCUCUCCUUCUCCAGCACACCCCACCAGGGCAAGGAUGCCCACGGGCACAGCUACAACCACGCUUGCAGGAUUUCGUGUCCACACCUGAGAGUCCAGGCCAGAUGGGAAAGAGAUUAGCACCUCUUCCCUCACGCCCUGCCAGGCUGCCAGGAGCUUGGGCCAGGUCUAUCUAAGGUAAUGAGGUGCUGCUCUUCCUGCUGGAAAAACCAGGCCGCCUCAGAACCACAAAGUCAGGUGCUGCCAGCCUGGCGCCUUCCUUUAUGCUUAGGCUGGGCGAGCUUGUCCAGGCCUGUGCCUCGCCCCUUCUCUCUUCUAGGUUCAGUGUAUGCUUACUCAGGCAUGGUGCAUCAGAGCAGGAAGGAACCAUCAACAGUGUAUACUUCUGGAGCCUUCUACUGAUACACAGAAGCCCCAGAAGAUGAUUUGACUUACCUGAGCUCCCAGCUGGGACUUAAACCAAGUGUGUCUGAGUCACAGCUGUUUGGGGAUGCUGGGGCAAGCUGGGGCUGAGCUCUUGUAUUCCCACUCCCCCACCCUACCCCCAGUCCCGCCACAUCAGGCUGGGCUCUGUGGACUCAGCCCACGGCUGCCUCCUCCUUGCAGCCAAAGUGGAACAGCCAAGUUGUGUUCAGAAUGGGUUCUUCCUGCAGGGCAGGAGUUAGAGGGGCUGCAGCCCAGACCACCCUGGGCCCUCCUCUGGCACUGAGGUACUGACUCAGACCCACACUGUGCUGCUCACUUCCGGGGGUGGGGGGCCCUUUCACAGGCACUUUUAAAGCAAAUAAAACAUUUAUUGUUCA